CUGGCAGGCAGGAAGUGGCUAGGGGCUUACCGAAACAGUGCGAAGAUGGCUGCGGUGGCGGAGGGUGGGCUUUCUUCGCCUGUCGCGGCCACUUCUGAUACAUCAAAAGAUCCUGUGGCAGCAGAAGAGGUGGCUGCACAGAAGAGAGAGGAGCGGCUUAGAAAAUUCCGAGAGCUUCAUUUAAAAAGGAAUGAAGCCCGCAAAUUGAACCACCAGGAAGUUGUUGAGGAAGAUAAAAGGCUGAAGUUGCCAGCAAACUGGGAAGCAAAAAAGGCUCGUUUAGAAUGGGAGCUGAAGGUGGAAGAAAAGAAAAAGGAGUGCUUGGCAAAAGGAGAAGAUUAUGAGAGAGUGAAACUGUUAGAAAUCAGUGCAGAGGAUGCAGAGAGAUUUGAAAGGAAGAAGAAGAAGAAGAAUCCUGAUAUUGGGUUUUCAGAUUAUGCAGCUGCUCAACUACGACAAUACCAGAGGUUGACCAAACAAAUCCGACCCGACCUGGAGAAGUAUGAAAAAUUGAAAGAAGAAAGCGGUGAAGAGUUUUAUCCAACUUCAAAUAGUCUUCUCCAUGGAACUCAUGUGCCAUGUAAAGAAGGGGUUGACAGAAUGGUUUCAGAUCUUGAAAAACAAAUUGAAAAGCGUGAAAAAUACAGUCGGAGACGUGCUUACAAUGAUGAUGCAGAUAUUGACUACAUUAAUGAGCGGAAUGCCAAGUUCAAUAAGAAGGCGGAGAGGUUCUAUGGAAAAUAUACUGCUGAAAUUAAACAAAACCUAGAAAGAGGAACAGCGGUCUAAGUUGCAAGAUCAGGAAUGCUUGCCCAGUGCUAGACAUCUUGGCCUUCUGAACCAUGUCAAACUUGUUUUGCAGGAGGACUUCAAACUUUACCACAAGCUCGUAGAAAGCCUUGGCCAGGAAUUUUUUUAAAAGGCACUUUUUAAAUUCAAUUAAACAUUGUCACAUAUAUUGACAGUGGGAAACAAUUUUAGUUCUUGGAUUGGAACCUACCAAUGGACCCAUCAGCUUUUGCACCUUUUCUCUUCAUGGAAACAAAGUUUCAAAUAAAGCUUGUUUGCUGAGUA